UAUUAAUUAAUGAAGUUUUUUAUGCAAUGCAGAUUUAUUAAUAAACUUAGACCUAAUUAUAAUCAUAUGUGAUACAUUAUUCAAACUUGUUUUCAAACUCUGCAAAAAUAUUCAUCAGCUGCUAUUCAAUAACUGCCUGGAUUACAUUUGUAAUCUUAAUUCUAAGAUCAUCCAAAAGUAAUAAGGUUUUUGAUAUAUAGAUAAUUGUUUUGACAUGACAUCACAAAAAAGUAUCAGUUUACUAACAUUACAUUAUGGAACUGAUGUGACCAAACAAGAGACACUGUUGUAACGUUGUGACUUAUCUGUAGUAACAUGAUCUGGGUGUCGGGUCAGGGGUGAACAUUCCAACGCACCUUUCGGGAGUCGGGGAGAGUUCUUGUGUAGUCGUCACCCAGUCGGUUGUAUCGAGAAGGAAUAAAGUUAGUUGUUGAUUAACUACGUGUUUUUUAUGUGCAACAAUGUCGAAAACAAAAGCGAUAUAAAAGUGGCGACGAGGAUUAAGAUAAAGACUUACCAGCAGAAAUUACAAUUCGAGAUUAAAAGCCAGAAAUGUCGAUCCCAGGAACAUCAACCAGUGCAGUUCGUUUCGAGCCAUUCAAGAUGGACAGCCAGUGGAAAACUUACAAGGACCGCUUUAAUUUUUGCUUGAAGGCAAACCAGAUUGAAAAUGACCAAGAUAAGUGUGCUUUAUUUUUUACUGUGUGCAGUGAAACUCUAUAUGAACUUGUAGUAACGCUCAUAGCCCCGAAAGAAACGACACAAGUUAACUUUAAUGAAGUACUUAACGCUCUUGAUAGUCAUUUUAACCCGAAACCUAGUGAAAUCGUCGAAUCGUUCAAAUUUAACCAGAGGUCGCAAAAACCAGGAGAGAGUAUCAACGACUAUGUUGCGGAACUACGGAGAAUUGCAAUGAAUUGCAACUUCGGCGCCUCACUAGAGCAUAUGUUAAGAGAUAGGCUAGUGGCUGGUUUAAGGGAUAAAGGAAUACAACAUGUGUUAUUGGCAAAAACGGACACUACUUAUAAGGCCAUUUUGGAUGCAGCAUUGGCAGCAGAGGCAGCAUCUAAAGAUGUUAGCCAGCUUGGGCCAAACGGACACAACGCCCAAGUGUAUAACUUAAAGGCGGACUACAAGAGAAAGAAUGAGUCGGCCAUAUUACGCUGUUUUCAAUGUACCGGAAGUCAUAACCCGAAUAAUACAACAUGUGUUAUUGGCAAAAAUGGACACUACUUAUAAGGCUAUUUUGGAUGCAGCAUUGGCAGCAGAGGCAGCAUCUAAAGAUGUUAGCCAGCUUGGGCCAAAUGGAAACAACGCCCAAGUGUAUAACUUAAAGGAAGACUACAAGAGAAAGAAUGAGUCGGCCAUAUUACGCUGCUUUCGAUGCACCGGAAGUCAUAACCCGAAUAAUUGCUCAGGUAAUCUGUAAUUUCUACGGAAAUAAGGGACACAUAGAAAAAGCAUGUAUCACGAAACAAAAGAGUGGAGGAAGAAAAAUUCCAAACCAGGGAAGAAACCAAAUUGGGCCACAACGGAAAGAGGUAUCCAGCCAGAGAGCCAAAGUACACCGAAUUGAGGAACAUAAAAAUUUAACAUCGAAUCCGGUAGAGGAAUAUACAUCUCUAUUCAAAAUACGUGGAAGUAAGAUACCACCCUUAAAAAUCUUAAUCAAUAUUGAAAAUAUACCAGUCAUGAUGGAAAUUGAUUCAGGGGCUGGGUACACUGUAGUGAGUGAACAGACCUUAAAAGAAAUUAAAAUCCAGCGAGACCAGUUAGAACCGGAAGAAGUCAAAUUACAGACAUGGGCGGAUCAGAAUCUGGAGGUAGUGGGCACUACAAUGGUGAGUGUACAAUUUAAAGGAAGAGUUAUGAAUCUGUCAUUGUUAGUGAUUAAAGGAAAUGGACCAGGACUUGUUGGAAGAAAUUGGUUUGAACCAUUAGGAAUCAGAAUAGAGGGACUAUAUCACCAACAUGAUGCAGAGGAUCUGAUACAAGAAUUCCAGCAUUUAUUCAAUAAUUCAGAAACUUUAGAAAUAACCAGUUAGAACUUCUAAGUGGCCCACUUCUGUGGUACCCGUUGCAAAACCAGAUGGAAGUGUACGUUUAUGUGGAGAUUACCGCUGCACUGUAAACAGAGAGGCAAUAAAAGUAGAUGUAUACCCAUUG